AGGGUCGGUGGGCCCUGAGCAGGCACCCUAGGCCUGGGACUGGAACGGCGCGGAGAUGGGGGCGGCGGCCGCAGAGGCCGACCGCACUCUGUUCGUGGGUAACCUGGAGACGAAGGUGACCGAGGAGCUCCUCUUCGAGCUGUUCCACCAGUAUUUGAGGCAGAGAGCCAUAUAGUAUUUCUUGGUAGCCCUGGAACUCCGAGGCUGACUUAGAGCUGGUCCUCCUGCCUGCAUCUCCUGACAUCUGACCAUACAGGCUGGGCCGGUAAUAAAGGUGAAAAUCCCGAAAGAUAAAGAUGGCAAACUGAAGCAGUUUGCGUUCGUGAACUUCAAACACGAAGUGUCUGUUCCCUACGCCAUGAAUCUGCUCAAUGGGAUCAAACUUUUCGGGAGGCCUAUCAAAAUUCAGUUUAGAUCAGGAAGCAGUCAUGCCUCUCAGGAUGCCAGUGUGUCAUAUCCCCAGCAUCAUGUUGGAAAUUUAAGCCCAACCUCCACAUCUCCUAACAGCUAUGAAAGGACAGUGGGUAACGUGACUCCGACAGCACAGAUGGUCCAGAGGUCCUUUUCCUCUCCAGAAGAUUAUCAGCGGCAAGCAGUGAUGAACAGUGUUUUCAGACAGAUGUCAUAUGCUGGGAAAUUUGGUUCUCCACAUUCGGCGGAUCAGUUGGGAUUUUCACCAUCAGCUCAACCACAUGGCCAUACCUUUAACCAGUCUUCCAGCUCCCAGUGGCGCCAAGAUGCACUGUCAUCACAGCGUAAAAGACAGAAUUCUCACCCCUACCUAGCAGAUAGACACUAUAGCCGUGAGCAGCGCUACUCUGACCAUGGGUCUGAUUAUCAUUACAGAGGAGGCCGAGAGGAUUUCUACUAUGACNACAGGAAUCAUGAUGGNUGGAGCCAUGACUAUGAUAACAGAAGGGACAGUAGUAGAGGUGGGAAGUGGCCCUCAUCCCGACACUAACAAGCAUUCCAAGGACACUGUUUACAGGGCCAUUUUAGGUCCUUUCAAUUAAGUUGUUGGAGAAAUAUUUCUAAAAACUGUACAGAGUAAUCCCACAAUUUUCCACCUGUCUUUGAAAAAAAUUUUUUUAAACCUAGUAACAGUUUGACAGAACUGAGAACUGUGGCUCCUUGUGUGCUACUUUAAUUACCUAACCUCAGGGGUUCUGAAGAGGAAGGUUCAUACAAAAAAAAGAGUGUGUCACCAUCCUGGUCAUGUCAGACAGUCUCAGAAAGAUGAACCGGAUAGGUUGGUUGUAUUCUAAGGCAAAUAUUUUAAUUAUCUCACCUUUUAUGUUGCAAGAAAUUUCUUGGUAAUGAAUCAAUUUGGUGUAUAUAUAACUCAGAAUUUAAGUACAAAUUCUGUGGUAUGCUCUUGAAUUUUACCACAAUUGAACAUACAUUAUAAAUCUUUACUAGUUCAUUCUAAGAACUUUAAAAUUCUUUCAUUAUAUUUGAUNUAUGACUAGUCGCUCAGGAAGUUAAAUAUCUCAAUGUAUAUUUUUACAUAAAAUGACAGUGUUGGUGAAAAUUCCUUUUAGAAUGAUGUUCAUACAUAGAGAAAAUGACAAAGUGUUUGACUGCAAGGAUUGUAAUUUUGAAAUUUUGUUUAACAAAACUUCCAUGUUUCAAGAUCCUGUUGCUCUUUGACUGCAAAACUGUUUCUAAGAAUUCAUUCCAUGAAAAAUGUGGAUCCUCUUUAUACCACAGCAUUUAUACUAUGUUCCUUUUAAUAUAUUAAAUACACAAAAAGA